AACGUUGAAGAGUCUCCUUCCAAAACUCAGUUUCUCACUCUAAAUUUUCCACAAUUAAAAUAUAAAUCUCCUCAAAACUACCCGCUUCUCUCUCAAAUUCUCUUUUAUUAUUUUUCAAGGUUUAAAGUGUUCGUAUAAUGCCACAGGGCAAUCUGGAAACCCUCGUUUCCGCCUGUGCUUGCGGCUCUUGCGACAACAAAAUUGUCUGCGAGACUUUAACAACCACCGAAGGCGACUACGACGACUGCCUCCACACGGCGGAGAAACUUCUCGAAGAAGAAACCCCUCCGGAUUUUCCUCCAGAAUCGUUUUUGUUAUCCAAAGACGCUGAGCUCGUCUGGUUCGAUAGCAACGCUUUUCUAGAACGGAAAGAUUCGCAGAAACGGAACUCCGUUUCGAACUCUACAAAUCUUAAUCCUAAUCUCAACUCAGUUCCGAAUUCUCAACGCUUUUCUUUGAGAAAAUCUAAGGCUUCGAUCCUCGGAUUACCGAAACCACAGAAAUCUUGCUUCGUUGAAACAAAGAACCGGAAGCCUGGAAACACCAGAUUGUUUCCUAAACGAUCCGGUUCGGUUAAAUCGGAUCCGCCCGUCAUUGAACCUUCUUCGCCUAAAGUUUCUUGCAUGGGAAGAGUCAGAUCGAAACGAGACCGUAAUCGCCGAUUAAAAAAGAACCGCCAAAAAUCAGCCGGAACCGAAACAGUUAAAAAGAAAACAACGAGGACAGGGAGCGGUUUCUUCUCGAGUUUCCGUGCUAUUUUCCGGUGCAAUAGUAAAGCACGUGAGUCACACGCUCUGCCAUUAACACUGUCGCCGCCGCGAGACAGUGACAUUAGGUCUCGUUUGCCGCCGCAUGAUGGUGAUGACGUAUUGAAUGUAGCUCCUGAAAUAGCGGAGAGUGGACCGGUUGCAGAGCCGGUCAGUCUAGGUGGAAUGAAGCGGUUCUCGUCGGGUAGGAGAUCGGAGACGUUAAUCUGAACCGUGUGGAGAACCGGUUCCCUGAGUGGUGGGCCAUAGCUAAGGUCGUGGGUUUGGUUUUUGGUCGUAGUUGGUAACUUGCUGGUCCCGCCUAAUGCGCUAAACUUCCUUCGUGGUGGCGUGGCAUGAUAAAUUAGCGGUUUCCUUUGAAGGUAAAAAACCAAAACAAACAGAUUUAAUUUUCAAAAUUUCCACGCUCUUUUCUCUCUCUAAAAAACCAAAAAAAAAAAAAAGAAAAAAGAAAAGGUUUGAUUUCAUUUUAUAGUACUGUCACUGGGAUGAUGCUCAUAAGCGUUUUUCUGUAAUCUUCCUUUUGCUAUUUUAAUAAAACUUCAAAACAACCAUGUAAAAUUUUAUA